UCUGACGGAGGGACAGCAGGAGGAGGGAGCCCCUGUGAAACAUCACAUGUACAACACAGAGGAUGCAAAAACGCAGGAGAAACAGAGCAACACAUCCAUCUACUAAGAAUGAGUGAAACUCCCAUACAGCUUGAGCCUCAGUUAUCAAUCCAGCCAUCAUCACAGCAAGAACCUGAGAGGGGGCUGCGGCCUCCACCUCUGUUUCAGCUGCCACUCCCCACCCAAGAUCCCCAUCAACAAAGCCAGUUCCAGCCUGAGCUGCAGCUGUCAGAGCCUAACCCCGAAAACCAGCGGCAAGCAGAGCCAGAGUGGAUAAACUGUCGAAGGCUGCUCCUCUUCUUUUAUGGGUUCUUAUUUUGUGGUUCUGUUUGGGUACUUAUUUACCAUAUGCAUCGUAAUCUUCAAAACCGAAGCAAUAACCAGACAGACAAAGUGACUCCAUGUCUCUCCUCGGCCUGUCAGUGGGCCUCAGCCCGUCUGUCCAUGUCUGCUGAUCCCUUCACGCAGCCUUGUGAUUACUUCUUGUUCACAUGUGGAUCUGACAGACUUUCACUGGACAGUGGGGGGAGGCAGAGAGGUCAGGGCAUCCCUGGACAUCCACAGAACCUGAAGGGAAAGGCUGUGUGGCCGGACAGGGUCAGACAGAGUACAGAGAGAGAAGACAGAGGAGUGAGAGAGGAGAAUAUGCUGGUCAGAAAAACCAUGCUGCUGCAGUAUCUCAGGGAGAUUUUGGAAUCAAAUGACAGACCGGGUAGUACAGCUGUGCAGAAGGCCAGAGCAUUUUACCAUUCCUGUUUGGACACCAGAUCCAUAGAGACUGCUGGAGCAGAGCCCUUCCUCACACUCAUCCAGAAACUGGGAGGCUGGGCAGUAUCCGGCCAGUGGAAUCAGACUGAAUUCAACUCUACCCUGAGCCUGCUCAUGAGAGAUUACGCCACCUUUCCAUUCUUCAACCUCUAUGUGGGCAAAGACCCAAAUGAAAUUACCCGCAGGACAACAAAACGAUACAUACAGAUUGAUCAGCCAGAUCUGUUGAUCCCGAUUGAAUGGAACAGCAAGACAAUGAAGUCUCAAGCUAAAACUCAGACGCUACGUCCCUUCUUGGCAUCGUGUGAGGAGUACCUGGCACUGUUGGGGGCCCCGGCCAGCAGGAGCAUGAUCCACGUGGGCACAUUCAUCUCUCUGUCCUCUGAGCUCGCUGUGGCUGCAACACCUCUGCAGUAUCGCCUGUCAAAGGGGCAGCUCUAUCAGCGCAUGACAAUCAGAGAGCUACAGAGCCAGGCCCCUGCCAUUGAUUGGCUGGGCUGUCUGCAGGCCGUUUUCCAUCCGCUGCCUCUCGUUGAAGAUGAUCACGUACUUCUGCAUAACUUACCCUACAUUGUGCAAAUGUCCCGCGUCAUUAGCAAAUGGCUGAACAGGCACGAGCUGAGCACCAGCGGCCCCGUUCAUACUUUCAUGGUCCUCAAUCUGCUGCACACCCUGAUGCCUGCUCUCGACCGCAGGUUUUCUGAAACAGAGAGGAAUUUGUCUGUGGCUCUGGGCAACACUGAAGGAGUAGCCCCUCGCUGGAAACAGUGUUUGUUAGAAACCGAGAGAGGAUUUGAUUCAGUCCUUACACACCUUCUCAGUGAAAGGACAGCACACAGAGAGGCAGAGGAGAUUAUUAAAAAUAUCUUUUCCUCCUUCAAGUCCAAAUUACAUGAACUCAAGUGGACGAAUCAGAUGUCUCUCCAGACUGUCAUGAAAAAGGUUCAGUCUUUAAUUCCAAGACUUUGGACUACGAAAGAGAUCUCUAGUGAGGCUGAGCUUGACCUGCUUUUUUCCAAGGUUACUGUCGGCACACAGAGCUUCUUCUACGACUACUUACAGCUCCUGUCCUUGUGGCAAAAAAGACGCAGUAAACUCUUGACUGAGCAGACUGAGGCAGCUGAUAUUCUGGCUGCCACACCGUUCCUCCUCGGUAAUGAGCUCCUAUUUCCCAUGGGAAUGUUCGUCCCUCCUCUCUUCCAUCCCACCUAUCCAAGGGCAAUGAAUUAUGGUGUAAUAGGUUUCCUUAUAGCCAAAGAUGUCCUCCACCUGCUUCUGCCUGACAUUUACUCUCAAAGUGAGACGGUGCAUGCUGUGGGGGAAUGUGUGUGGGCUCACUACCUCACUGUGACAGAAAAAGCAGGCCGAGGUGGAGUGUUUUCUCUCUCAGCGGCACAGCAGCAGGAGGUGUGGGUGCAGUACUCUGCACUGCAGAUAGCAUUGCAGGCAUAUCGUCAGAGUCUAAAGAACCAUCCGAGUGACACCUCCAUCUCAGGACUAUCACACACUCGUCUGUUUCUCUCAUCUUUUUCUCAGGUUAACUGUGACUCAGACCCAUACCGUGAAUUCAUGCCCUUGGAGCCCUCCUUCUUGAUCACAGUGAUUUGUGCCAAAUCUGACCUGUGUCCUACAAGCCUGCAGUGCCUCAACAAAACACAGCAGCAUUCAUUACAGACCUGCUGAGUACACUCCUCUGGAGACCAGCAGGCUUUGUUUUUUAGAGUUGUUAAUUGUUAUGGAUUGUCUGGCUAAACUAUCCACUUAGUGCUGUAGAAAUUGAGCACACUGUGAAUGUUUACAAACUGUUGUUACAGGGAUAGUUUAUUAUACCAGACGUUUAUGGUAAGAGUACUGACAGUAAGUACAGAUAAAAACACUGACAUUUUUUGUAUAAGUAGCAGUUAAGAGAUGUUUGGAUUUCCAUAGAUUGCACAAGCUGUUACAUAUGCUUGUAACUGAAAUAAACAUUUGAAAACGUU